AUGGCAUCUAUUUAUGAGAAAUUAAGACCUGUUGUAUUUUAAUUAUAACCAAAUACUCAAUAGAGAUCAACUUCAUAAACAAUGUUAGGAACUAAUUGUUCAAAAUAAUUCAAUACUUCAUGUGAAAUUCCUAAUUAUUUUAUGCAAACUAAGAAAAAUAUAACAUAAUAACAUCAAACAACAAGAUAAAAAGAAAAUACUUUAGAAACUACAUCUAAUAUAAAAAAGGAUGAAAUCACAUUCUUAAAAUAAAGAAUUGCAUAAUUAGAGAAGAUAAAUUCUCAUUAAAUCAUUGAAAACAAUAAAUUGAGUGAAACUAUUUAAAGAUAUAUGGAAAAUGAAAAAUUAUCUAAUGUAAAUUAUUGAAGUUCUAUUUCUAGAUAUCUUAAUUAUCAGAAAAACAAUAUAAAUUACAAAUCUAAGAGCUUGAAAAUAAAAUUGUUUUUUUAUAAAAUGAAAAUAAAGUCUUAUAAUAAAAUAAAGAAUAAUAUGAUUAAAUUGAACUUGAUAAAUACAAAACGAAAUGUUAUUUAUUAUCAAAUAAAGUUAAACAAUUUUAGUAAUUAUUAUUAUUAUAACUAGAGAAGAAAAAAGAAUUAAUGAUUUACAAAAGAAAGGUAAAAAGUUAUAUCAAGAAAAUUAAAUAUUAAAAAGUACAAUUGAACAUUUAUAAAGUGAAAAUUUAACUUUACAAUAAUAAUUACAAACAAAUAAUCCAGAAAAUUCAAGACUUAAGUAUAAAAUAUAAUUAUGAGUUAAAAGGAUCACAAACUAUAAAUUGAAUUAGAAUCAUAGAUCAAAUAUAUGACUCAAAUGACUGAUUUAGAUUAAAUUAAAAUGAAAAAUCUAGAGGAAAAAGUGGAACUUCUAACCUAAGAAAAUAGGAGACUUUAAGAAAUUAUAAAACAAAAAAUGAUUUGA